CCAGAUGUUAGAAAACGAGGAGAGAGAGAGAGAGAUUUUUAUAGAAAGAGAAGGAGAUCGGGGCGUGACUGUCAAAUCUACUUAUUCUCUUUCUAUACGGUUUUCUGAAUUCAGGUCUUCUCUACAAUCACCGGUGACUUCGAGCAAAUCACCGAUCUUUUCUACCCUUCGUCGGAAAUUCCGCAUCUCUACAGUUCACUUUGCUAUUUAUCAGAAAAAUGUCCAGGAUUUCCGAGGAUUGGUUUUGAUUGGAUUGAAAUUUUGACUGGAAAUGGAGGGGGAUACAUUUUCAGGCAAUGGAACUCAAGUUGAUAACAAGGUCUUACAGACAUUUCAAAAAAGCUUUGUUCAAGUUCAACACAUCUUGGAUCAGAACAGAUUGCUUAUUAACGAGAUUAAUCAGAAUCAUGAAUCGAAGAUCCCAGACAACUUGGGUCGAAAUGUGGGUCUUAUUAGGGAACUUAACAACAAUAUCAGGAGGGUUGUCGAUCUUUACGGAGACCUUUCAAGCUCUUUCUCUAAAUCCAUGGACGUUUCAUCCGAAGGAGAUUCUGGGGGAACAUUGAAAUCAGAUGGUAAGCCUGGUCAGAAAAGAAUUAGACCUGGGUAAUAGUUUUUGAGCUCAAGAGUCCCAGUCCUGCUGCCUAGAACUCUGAACCAAUUCUUUUACACUGUGGGCAGAAGAAGCAUUUUCGAUAUUAACGUUUGUUAGGAUCUCAUUAGAUUCUGUAACUCUAUCUCUGUAUUUUUAUUUCAGAUUCGCCUUAAUUACAUGCCAAAGUUACUAAUUAGAAAUAAAAUUAGUUCCAGAGAUCUCUCUAUCAUUAAUUCUGUGUAACUGUGAUACCCCAUUGGAAUUAAGCAUGUUUCUUGUUAUCAGGUCUCCUAUGUAACUGUGAUGAAUCUAUGUUUGAUGAACCCAAUUUGGAUUUCUUA